GACAAUUAGGCCAAAGAAAAAGACAACAUAUUGUAUACAGUGAUAGCGAGGAAGAACAGCAUAAUUGCCAAUGUAGAAAACAUAUUAAAAGAAAACAGAUUAAUGUGAGUAGUGUUACUACAGUACCAUCGUGUCCUUCAAACGUUCAAAUAAAGAAUAAAUAUGUCAACGUACCACAAAUUGCAACAUUCAACGAUGCAAGUAGAAAUAUUGCGUACGAAAUUUCGCAAAACGAAAAUAACCCAGUCCCAUCUACAUUUAACGAGAGGCUACAUUCUGAAAUAAGUAAUAUGCCUAUAAUAGUAGAAGGAUAUGAGCAACUUACCGAAACCGUACAGGAUAGUAAUAUAAAAGAAAAGUUGGACCAAAUAUUACGGAUGCAGGCAGCUACAAAUAUUUCAUUGAGAAAUAUUAACCAACGAUUAUAUAAAAUAGAAGAUGCCAUUAAACACAAAAGUACAAAAAGCCCUGUUGAAAUUAAUGACAAUCUCAUCGCACCGUUUUUGCCACUUAAAACAAUAGAAGAGAUAAAACAGUUUGAAUGCUUACUGAGAACGUCAAAUGAGCCAGUAACACAAUUUAAACAGUUUGUAUCAAAAACUGGUGGCAAUAAUGCCAAAGAUCACAUAUACAAAUGUUUAAAAAAAUUAAUAACAAAUGAGUGCGCCAUGAAAUGUUCAUGGAAAGGCUUCCGUAAUAAUUUUCAAAUAUCGAACUUAUAUUCCAUGAAAAUUAUGAAAAAAGAGAUAACAUCGCACUACACAUGUACAGAAUCUGAUUUCGACAAUACUACGGCAGAAUGGUUACGUUUUGCAAAUCAAAGGAACAAAAGAGAAAAUCAAGCUAAAGAAAAUAAUGCAAAAUGUAACGAAUGUAAUGAAGAUAACGAAUAUUAAAUAUAUGUAUAAUAUAAUAUUUAUCAAGGUAAAGUUAAGUUCAAAAGAUUUGUUUUUGUGAAAUUUUGAACUUUUGAGACUUCUGAUGACGCUAAAGUAAUUAUGACUGCAGAAUCUAUAAAAUAUAAAGAUACUGAAUUUAUAAGAAAUGGUACUGCAAAUUACAAUGCAGAAAAUACAAGAAAGAGAGAAACAUAGGAAAAAGAAAGUAGAUAAAAGAAAUCAACUACCACACAAAAAAGAGAUGCAAAAAUUAAUGCGGAAUAAACAUUUAUAGGGACAGAUAAUUGUUUAAAAGUAUUUUGAAUUGAUUAAAAGUAAGAAAUUAUUUACUUUUCUGGUAUUUCCACGAUAUAUACGCAAAUUAUAUAUGUAUAUAUAUAUAUAUAUAUAUAGUUAUUUUUAUUACUGUAAUUAAAUCAAAGACCUGUUAUUCCUAGAUGUUGCGUUUCCCAGAUAACGCACGUCAAAGAAAUCAUAAAAAUAUUUAAAAGAUGUUGCGAUAAAACAUCUUCCAAAAUCUUCAUAUUUUCAAUAUCACUAUUUCAUAACAACAUAAUAAUUAUAUAACAAUUCCAUAACAUUUUUUUUACAAUUAC